UUCCGUUUGUUAUCAACGUAAAUAUUUGUCACAUGUGAAUGACAUAGAAAUUAUGGUUUAGAAGAAACAUUGAAAUGGGAACCGCCGAGAGCAAAGAUGGGGACGACUAUGUCGAAGGAGGAUUAUUUUCAGUGGAAGAACAAAUUGUUAUAAAACAAGUACAUAAGGAAAUUUCAGUUUCAGAAGAUUUGUUCAAGAAUCAUUUAAAACUGCUGGACAACAAAUUAUCAGAAAACCUGCUGAAAUAUUUAUCCAGUCUAGCAUCUCGUCCUCACAAAGGUGUUUUAUUUACCUAUCGUCAAUUUCAUAUGCUCCUCAGUCAGCUAUUCCGUGGAAGCUCAACAGACAAAGCAAGUGCUCUAAAGGGUUUGUGCUCUCAAAGUAAAGAGAUCUCAUCAGAAGAUCUGUUUCAGGCUGUAUUACAGUUGGUCAAAGCUUACAGAAAAGUGACUAAACAUCUACCACUAUGGUCAAAAUGGAAACUUGAUCAAGAAACUGACCAGCACCAAAAGGAAUUUACCUUUGGAUUAUUACAGGAACUGUUUAAUAAAGGGCUAAGUAAGAAGGGUCCAGUACCAGAAGCCAAGAUUCCAGCUGAUGUCACCUACACCGAAGCUGAUGUGGAAGACUUGCUACAUAAAUCUCCACUAUUUUUACAAGUGUGUGAUGCUGUGUUCAUGACAUUAUUUCCAAUUAGCAAUGAUGAGAAUUCACGAACAGAGAGAUUGUGUUCAUUUGUACCCAUUCCCAUUACCAUGGUACCUAACAAAUCUAUACUGGACCCUUAUGCCAUGAAGUUUUUAAACUUUAAUCUACCAAAAGAUCUACAGACGGAAUGGAGACUUGUGUUCAGCAACAGUGUGUUUGGAGAUAGUUUUACACAACUUGUGUCUCACAUGUUGAACAAGGGCCCAUCCCUUCUCAUUGUUAAAGACAAGACUGGCCAUGUAUUUGGGGGAUAUGCCAGUGAAAAAUGGCAACUCAACUCUAAAUUUUACGGCUCUUCUGAUAACUUCUUAUUCACCCUUUCUCCACAAUAUGGAAUUUACAACACAACAACUUACAAUUCCAACUACAUGUAUCUAAACCAAGGGCAACAGACUCUACCUAAUGGACUGGGCAUGGGUGGUCAGUUUGAUUACUUUGGCCUGUGGAUUGACCAGUCUUUUAACUAUGGCCAUAGUAAGGCACAGCCUCGUUGUACAACAUAUGCUAGUCCACAGUUGUCAGGUACACCAGAGUUUGAGGUGGUUGCCCUGGAGGUGUGGGAGGUUGGACCAGAGCCCAAAGCUGACAGUGAUGAUGAGGAAGACAAAGAGGUGAAGAAAAGUAUACUGGAUGGUAACUCUGAGGCCAAAGCAAUGCUCUCACUCAUAGGUAAGGAACGAGUGAGCGAAGGUUAUCGUGACGAGGAUGACGACAUGGAGAUAUCCGAGGACAUGAAACGAAAGAUGAAUACAAUACCAUCUCUUAUAUAGAUCUGUGUAAUGUUAAACCAUCUAACUCCUGCCCAGAUGACCAGCAUAUGGCUGCUGAUUCCAAAUAGGAAGAUGGGCUCAUAACAGGACAAGAGUGUAACAUUUGUUAGUAUUUCCACUCAACCUUGCAGUAGAUUAGGCAGGCUUUUUACCAGACAUGGGCUUAUUGAUGAACGUAUAAGGUCGUGAUAUAUUAUACCAGUAUGUACAUACUUGGUCGAAUCAACAAAGCUCCUCUGUACAUGCGAGGGUAUGUAUAACAUGAUUCUAACCCGUACAAACAGUUAACAAGUCUAUUGAAAAUGCAAGUUCUUAUCAUUCUGAUUAAAACUAGAUAUUCAUUCACUGCCGUACUCUCAAUGUCAUAAUGAGCUAAAACUUGAUAUUAAUUAGAGGGAGUUCUUUUCAACUGUAUUCAUCAUUAUGUUUAACCAUCUUAGAAAAAACUCAUGCCUGUGAUUUUUUUUAUACAUUUUCCCAAAGUCUGUAGGCCCUUGAAAAGAUGAAUGUUUAAGUCACCUCCCUAGUCCUGAGCUUUGAUCUUUCACAGCUAAUAGAUAUUUUGUCAGAAGUACUUAAUAAUGUAAUACUUGUAAUGUGUUGUGUUGUAAUGAAUGAAAUGUAUGCUGGCUGAAUGACUUGUAAUGGUACAUGUCACUGUUAUAUAGCAUUGUAAUAGUAACAUACCUUUAUUACUGUAUACAUACUUUGCUGGAAUCAAAUUUUAGUGUAUAAUCAGUUUUUGGGCAAAUUAGAUAAGAAAAUGAAUUAGUAUAUUCACAAUAUUUGCUGUGUAUCAGUACAAUAACUUUUACACGAGGUGCAUUAAAUUUCAGAUCACCUCUACAGUAUAGAUAAUUACAGUAAUUGACUAUUAUUGAUGUUUCGAAGCAUGUUUGAAUGUUUCUGUUUAAGUACAGGGAGUAUUACCUGUUUGUACCUCAUUAAUAAUGAUUGUUUUGUCCCGAAUGCAAGCGGUUAUUUUAUAUAUACGAUAAGGAUUGGAUGUAUUUCGUUGUAUAGCACGACUGUUAUUUAUAACUUUGUAUGCACUGCUAAGUAGGAUAACUGUGUAAUGUAUGUAAACAUUUGAUAUGGUAGAUGUAUAUAUCAAACAUUUUUAGUUAGGAAAUCAAUCGCAACAGCUUCAGAGUAAGUUGAUAUGGAUUUAUUUUGAACCGUCAACCGGUUUCGCCCUCUCCGGGCUAUAUCAGGACGACAAAUUAACAAACAUUUUGUACCAGUUAUAAAACGUUGUCCGUCUUAUAAACAUACCUAACUAGGUUAAGAAGUGUUCAAUAUGUGUAAUUUAGACAGUUUGACCUUCAGAUCAUGGUAAGAUGUCAAAUUAGACACAAAAAAACCGUAACAAAAAAAGCAAGCUGUAAUUUUCAUUAAGAAUAAAUGUGGACUAAAAACAUAUAUUAAAGGGUUUUGGCGCAUUUUUUUAUAAUGCCAUAUUUCAGUCCAAAUUAUGUCAUAUUUCAGUGCAUGUUCUAAGUAACAAUUAAAGUGAUUCAUUUUAGGACCAGAUCAAACUGAUUUUUAUUUUUCAUAAUACUUAGCAUUUUGAAGUGGUAGGAAAAGGGAUUAGCAUUUUGAAGUGGUAGGAAAAGGGAUACAACGGACAUCAUUGUCAAAACAAACUUUUCCUGACAAACGACAGCGAAACUGAGGAUUUAUCAUGUUUCAUCUUCGUGUAACUGGUACAUACAGUACUACAGAUUUUGUAUCUUUAUGAACCUGUUAUGAUUGCAAAGUACACAUAGCAGAACAUGUUCAGGGUCCAUUAUUUGGACAUGUACAACAGCUUGUUUCACUUUCGUCUGUCUAAAAGCAGGUAUUGGGACAUAUUUGUGGAGCACCAUAUUGGGAGUAUGGCUAUUUACAUUAUGAUGUAACAGAAUUAAACAAGAAUUAAAAUCAUGGCCAAACCCAUUAAUAGUGCCCAAAAUAGAUCCUUGUUGAUCAUGACUGUCAUUUCAAGUUUAAAGGUUAAAUGAGUGUUUUUUUGGUUCUUGUGCAAUAAUUCUAAAGCAUACCCUAGGAUUUUUUAAUGAAACUUACAUGCAAAUCAAAAACACAAUUUGUGCCAUAAUCAUAUGCAUAAUAAAGGUAGAAAGGAUUUUUUGUUGAUGAGAAAUGGCAAAAAAGGUAACUUUUUUAGCACAGCAACUCUGAGGCCAUAUACUUUUGUUACAAUUGCUUAGACUUGUCAAUAUAAAUAUGUAUGGUAGUGCUGUAGUUAAUGUUUCUAAAUCCACUCAACAUUACAUACAAUUCUUAGAUUUUGAUAUUUCCUAAAAUAACAUGGAUAUUGUUAAUCUUAUAUGGGAUUGAAUGCAGAGGAAUCCCACAUGCAGAUGCGGGUGCCCUAUAGUAAUAAACUUGUCUGCCUGUCUUUUCAUUUUUUGGUUUCUGUACAGUAUCUGAAAUGCUGUUAGGCUAAUGGCCCUCAUACUUCAUGCCAAGCCUCCUUGAUGGAAGUGCUUGCUUAGAGUAUGUAAGUUUUCAUCUCCCAAGAUUAGGCCACAUGCACUCAGUCUUUAUCCAAUGUUACCUCAAAGGAAGUGGUGGUUUGAUCUAGAUUUACAUGUCUGGAGGUCAAAAGUCAAGGUCACUUGCUAGAAAUAGAAAAUAAUUAAAUUUCAACCAGUGUUUAUUUUUUUGUUUCCGUGCGAUAAAUUGAGUUUCCUUUGGCCAAUCCAGCUAAAACUGCAUAUAGUGCUUCCUUUUUGAAAGUGCAUGCAUGGGAUUGCUUUUCAGGUCACUGUUACUAUAAAUAGAAAGAUCAGGUUCCCUUUGAUACCUCAAAUUUGCUUUGGCCAAUCACAGUCAAACAUCAUACAGUGCUUCUGGAUUGUGUUUCUGCUUCUAAGGUUAAAAAUCAAGGUAACUUAUACUAUAAUUAGAAAAAUAAGUGUCCCGACGAUAAUCAUACUUUUUACCCUCCGAGGUGUGUGUGUCUAUGGGUAAACUGGUGGAGGAGGGAUUUUCUGCGACAUAGUAGGGCCCAUGCUGACCUGUCAGCGUUCUAGUUUAAGGUCAAAAGGCCUGAUAAAAAUGAAUUGUUGUCAUCACCACAGUAUCUAUUGAUAUCUAAAUGUUUAAAUAGUUAAGUAAACCUGUAACUAAAACAGUUCUUGUCCUAUAAUACUUCAGUGUUUUUAUUUAAUAGGUUGGUCUUUUCUCUUUUGACUAUAAAUAACAAAUUCAAUAUGCACACACUUAGAUGUUGAUAUUACAGUGAAAUCAAUUUUAAAUUUAUUUAUUAUUUGUGAUGAGUUGUAUUUCACAUAAUUUGAUUUUAUAAGCAACAUUUUCGAGCAACACACUUUUAGAGAAACCAUGAUUAAGAGUUUCGCUCUUGUCUGACAAUAUGUACAAACUGUAAUUUUAUCAAACUACCAUCAUCAGAAACUUCAUGAAAUUUCUCACCAUACUGAAAUAUUAAAGAAAACACCUUUUUGAUUGAAGAAAAGUCUAUUAUUUUAUUAAAUUAUAAUAAAGGAGUGGGCUUAUUGAGAGAAUUUUUACUGAACUGCAAUAGAAUA